GACAGAACUAUCAAAACAAAAUCUACCGCACAUUGUAAACAGAAUAUUCAGAGAAAUACUAUUUUAGUUGAAAUUGCGGUUUUAUUCUGAAUAAACUAAAAAAAAUACGCGAUGGAAGUAAAAGUGGAAGCGGAUCGUUGUCGUUUGUGUUAUACACAAGCUAUUGAAUACUUUGAUAUAUUCGAGAAUACUGCAUCGAUGCCGACUAUAAUCGACACGCUAAAGCAGUAUUUUCACGACGAGGUGAGCGACUCGGACAUUUUGCCAAAAGUAAUUUGCAUCGAAUGUUGGGACAAACUUGAAUCAUUUCGUAAGUUUUCCGAAGAGGUCAUCGCAUUGCGCGAAGAGUAUCUGCGACAACACCUCAACAGUGCGGUCAAAGAUGAAGACUAUGGUGAAUACGCAGUUUCAAAUAUUGAGCCAGAAUUCCAUCGGGAAAUGGUUUGUGUUGACCUAUUGAGGCCCAUCAAUAUGAUAAUGGAUGAAGGAGAUGAGAAUAUGGAACUAGAAGGAAGCAAACUUCAUUAUGAGUCAGGGAAUGAAGAGGGAUUCUCAGAUGGUAAUGAGGACGAUGAUGGUAGUGAAGCUUACGAUGAACUGAUUGAUAGCAAUGAGCUGCGUGAGAGCGGCGAUUGCCUUCGACUUCCACGGCACAUCAGUGAAGUCAGCCUCGAGCAACAACAGCAAAUUAUUGACCAAUACUGCGACAUGAGUUGCGAUUAUUGUGACGCGAAUUUUGAAACAUUCCAAGAAGCCACCCAUCAUUAUAAAGUGACGCAUAACAAUCAGUCCAAAGGCUAUGUAAAAUGUUGCACAAUGAAAUUGUUACGGAGUUAUGAUUUCCAUUCCCAUAUUGUGUGGCAUUUGAAUCCUGAAUUGUUCAAAUGCCAGGUAUGUGGAGAACUAAAGAAAACUUAUCAAUCUUAUUAUCAACACAAACUCACACAUUUCAACCAAUUCACGUGCGACAUUUGCCAGAAGGUAUUUACUGUAUUAACCCACCUUGAACGUCAUAUUCUUGAAGUACAUUCAACUAAAUUGAAAUUCCCAUGCGAUCAAUGCGAUCAGAAUUUCAAUACUCGAAAACAUUUGGAAAUUCACCUGAAAAUGACUCAUUCGAAUGGUUUAGAAGAUUAUAUAAACGAAAUAAAAUCUAUGGAGUUCAAUACAAGCGAGGUACAGAUCAAAAAUACAAUCGAGGAAUAUUUCGAUCGAAAAUGUGAACAAUGUGAUGUUCAGCUUGAUAGUAUCACAAUGGCCAAAUCACACUAUUCAUCAGAACAUAAAAAUCCAAAAGGCUAUCUCCGAUGUUGCGGAACUAAAAUGUAUAGUAACAGAACAGUCUUGGAUCACGUUCAAUGGCACAUCGAUCCAGACACUUUCAGAUGUCGAGUAUGCAAGCUAGAACACAAGCAUCGAUAUACCCUCAUUGAUCACGUGAAACGGCAUAAUGCUUUAUCAACAAAGCAAUUUAUGUGUAACAUUUGUGAUCGAUACUAUGCGACCAGCGCACACCACAGAACUCAUAUGGAACUCAAACAUCCAGGAAUACAACCGAGCUCUUCAUCGAUUGAAACUAAUUCAAAUGAAAGCAAUGGAAAUGACAUAGAGAUACCGAGCUAUGUCGAUGCUUCGUGCGAUCUGUGUCCAGUAAAAACGUUUACCUCGUUCAGAGAAAUGCAAUCACAUUAUUUAGAUAUUCACAAAUUAGUCGGGUCGGUAUCAUGCUGCCAGACGAAGUUCUCAAAAUUAACUCAUAUCAGAGACCACAUUGCAUGGCACAAUAAUCCGGAUAUUUUCAGAUGUGAUGUUUGUAACAAAUCACUUCCAAACCGAUUGAGUUUGAAUCGACACAAUGAUUGUCCUUCAAAUAAGUAUUAUUGCCACACAUGUCAAAAGUCGUUUACACGUAGAAAUCACUUAGAAGACCAUUUGGAAAUACAUAAGAAUCGUUAUAGUGAAAAACAGCGCAAUUUUAUUUGCGAUAUAUGCGACAAAGGAUUUCGUAGCCCAAAACAUCUAAAUAACCAUCGUAGAAGACACGAUCUAAAGCACGAUCAGAUUUGUGAGUUCUGCGCAAAGACAUUCAAAACAAAACCGGAACUGAAAGCCCAUCAGGGAACACACACAAGCCGAAGUUCAAAGCCUAAAUGGCAAUGUAAUGUGUGCAACGGAUGGUACUCGAACCAAUACAAAUUGGCUGAACAUAAAUUGACACACGAUUCAGAGCCGCAGAAAUGCAAUCAAUGUGAUAAAAUUUCCCCUAAUCCAAAUGCAUUGAAACAGCACAUUCGCGUGGUUCACUGUGAAUCGAAAUUUAAAUGCCAUUUAUGCGAGAAGUCGUUCAAGUCACAAGCAACACUGAAGGACCACAUCGCAACGCAUCUGAACAAGACCAGCUACAAGUGCACCUAUUGUGAUGAGACGUUCAUUUGGAGGCCAAACAUGUACAAACAUAGAAAACAGCAACAUGGAGAGGAAUGGUUGGCUGAUAAGGCGAAGAGAGAAACGGCAAAAAUGAAUCCUUAAAAAGUGUGAAUGGCUUAGGAGAUCAACAGCAUCCAUCUUACCCUAUAUACAGAAAAUUUUUGUUUAUUUCGAUUGUAUAAAUUAGUUAUAUUGUAAGAUAUCGAAUAGUAAAUGAAAUUUCGCGGUCA